AUGCUAAAGAGCGGUCAACAUGGCCCGGUAUUGGAAGAUCUCGCGCCAGAUCUUGCGAGCGAAAGAAUCACUGCUGUUAUGCCUGUUUCACUUGCCACAUACGGUUGCGAUCAAUCAGCGGCUUUAUGCAAGAUUAAUGGCUGCUACGACAACCAAAAUGGCGGGUUAACGUGUUGCUGUAGUACGGACCUCUGUAAUGCCUCAGGCCAUUAUCUACUUGGAUCUCUUCUCUCCGUGUUCUUGAUAUUAUACCUCGUAUUUUAA